GAUGAUGUGCCUGUGUUCAGUGUCAAUAUUCAUGACUACGAAUUGCAUUCUCCAAUAGGCUAUGGUGCAACUGCAACCGUCACUUUGGCAACCUAUCGUAAAUACUACCAAGUUGCGAUUAAGAUGGUUGAUAUGGACCAGUUCGAGCAAUCUCAAAUCGAUGAGUUGCGCAGAGAGAUUCAGAUCAUGAGCCUGUGUCGCCAUGAUAACGUUUUGCCUAUUCAUCGUAGCUUUAUGCAUGAUAGUAAGCUGUGCAUCGUCACGCCGGUCAUGACCGCAGGCUCGUGCCAUGAUGUCUUGAGAAAAUACAGAAAGGGAUUAGAAGAGCCUGUCAUUGCCUGUAUCAUCAAGCAAGCUCUUCGUGGGCUAUGCUAUCUUCAUAGGAACAAUCUGAUCCAUCGUGAUGUUAAGGCUGCCAAUCUACUCAUCAACCGCGAAACAGGCAACGUUCGGCUUGCCGAUUUUGGUGUCAGUGGUAGUCUCCUAGAGUGUGAGAGUCGUAGACUUCGCAAUUCCUUUGUUGGCACACCUGCAUGGAUGGCACCGGAAAUCGUGGAUGGCAAUGGGUAUGAUCACCAGGUCGAUAUCUGGUCGUUAGCAAUUACUGCUCUGGAACUUGCCUAUGGUCACGCUCCAAACUCAAAGUAUUCCCCCAUGAAAGUAUUAAUAUCUACUUUGCGUGAUGCGCCACCCAUCCUGGACCCCACCCAAUGCAGCCAUGAAUAUACCUCUUGUUUUGCUCAAUUUGUUCAAUUGUGUCUUAACAAGGAUCCACUAAUGCGACCCAGUGCAUUUGAAUUGAUGAAACAUCCAUUCAUUACCAGGGCUCCUCCGCCUGAGUAUCUUGUAAACAACAUC